AAAUAGUUCAACUGUGAUUUAAAAUUGCAUAGUUUGUAUUUUGGAGAAUAUAUGUUGUUUUUUGCUUUCUUUUUGCAAUAUAAGGGAUAACCGCAAAAUACACUCUGUAUAAUGGCAGCCACAGGAAACAAAGUCCAUGUUGACUUGUUACACAUGCACAAGUCCACACGAGAGUUAGUUCAAGAGCAGGUUGAUUUAUCUAAGAAAAUGGGAUGUGAUGACCAGUUCGUAAUCUGUGAUCUAGGUGACAUUAUAGAUAAGUACCAACAAUGGACCAAGCUGAUGCCGAGAGUGAAGCCUUUCUACGCUGUAAAAUGCAAUAAUGACUCGGCAGUAUUGAAGGUACUGUCUGACUGUGGAGCAUCGUUCGACUGUGCAAGUAAGGACGAGGUACAGAAGAUACUGAGCCUUGGAGUGAGCCCCUCUAGAAUCAUUUACGCAAAUACGGUUAAACAACCUUCAAUGCUGAAAUACGCGGUGGAACAUGGUGUUUCUUUGAUGACGUUCGACAGUGAAGCAGAACUACGCAAGAUAAAGUCUCUUUGUCCUGAUGCCAAGCUAGUUUUGAGAACAUUACCUGCUGGCGACUUCAAAUGUAAAAUAGACCUUCGGCAGAAGUUUGGAUGUCCAUUGUCCAAAAUUCGAACCCUGCUGCAGACUGCAAAGGAUCUUGACCUUGACGUUGUAGGAACAAGUUUUCACGUUGGAAGCGGAUGUCAUGACGGUAAUGCGUACAUUGCAUCUAUACGACAAGCACGCAGUGUGUUUAACAUGGCUGCAGAGUUGGGUAUCAGCAUGAAGCUGUUGAAUAUAGGAGGGGGGUAUCCUGGAGAGUCGAGCUCUAGAGAGACGUUCGUUAAAAUUACAGAAGCUGUGAACAAACAGCUAGAUAAAGACUUUACAGAGGAUGAUAAUGUAGAAAUAAUUGCUGAACCAGGAAGUUAUAUGGUAUCGUCGUCCGCCGUCCUUGCCGUCAACAUAAUCGGCAAACGAAUGCUUUCCAGGAAAGAUCUAUACAACGAAGAAGACAUUAUGACAGCUGGCGGUGACGAUGACGCGCCAUCUGUAAUGUAUUACGUUAAUGACGGUGUCUACGGUUCGUUUACAGAUGUAUUGAUCGUUCCAGAAAAUCUUGAUCUCGAUGUUCAAACAUUAACGUGCAAUAAAGAUGAAAUCUGUUAUGAAAGUGCGAUAUGGGGUCCAACUUGUUGUGGGUUUGAUUGCAUUAUUAAAUCUACAAAGUUACCAAUGUCUGAGGUCGGCGACUGGUUCUACUUCCGGGACAUGGGGGCUUAUACCAUCGUCUUUGUCUGCAGUUUUAAUGGCAUGACUUCCCCGAGGAGAAUUUUUGUUUGUGCUGUGGAAACAUGGCGCAAAAUUUAUCCAGAUUCACACGAUGGAGAUCUUAUCAUGCCAGAAAACAAAUCAAACGGUUUUUAACUAAACAUCAUAAAGGCACAUUCACCACUUUGUUCAGAAAAUGAACAAUUCUAAAGUGGCGCACAGUCACCAUUCUGUAAAUUGGUAGUAGCUUAUAUGCCCGCUGGUCCUCAUUUCACCCAUGCAGUGUUAUUCCUAAUGAAUCAGCCAACACCUUUUUGCAGUGAAUGCUAUCUAUAAAUCAUUAUAAAUUCUACCGAAUAACACUGAUCUAUAGAUAUCUAUUUCAAAUGUAGAAAAUGCUCACCAAAUGUAUUAAACUUUACAAUGUAUACCUGUAUAUAAAUUAAUUUUGUAUGUAGAGCCAUAUUCAUAAUGAAAUGUCAUACUUUUUUACAGUUGACUGUUAAAUAUCUUCCAGUUGUUUCAGUUGUAUUAAACGUUUACACUCGGCUUAAUAAGUAUAUGAGCCGUGC